CAGAGUCAGAGGCAAGAGAACCGCAAAACACAGGACGCGCUCCGCUCCUCUGCCGCCGCCGCCGGAGCUCUCACCUCCAGGGGCUCUCGCCACGAGCCGCCGGAGCUCAACCCGUGCCGCCGCACGGGCGCCGGCGGACGGCUGGAGGCCGCUGCUGCAUCCUUCUACCGCCCGCAUUGCUUUUGCUCCCUCCUCCUCGGCUCCUCCCUGUCCAAACACCGGCAGUGUUUCCUCAGUUUUACUGGGAUCUCCCCUGACGUGACAACAUUAGGGAAUAUCAUUGCCAUGUUCUGGAUCUUCUCAACACUAGGAUACGAAGAAGGUCGUCAAGGCAACUUCGACGAACAUAGCAGUUCAAUGUGCAGGAGCACCAUGAUCUGUUUGAACCACGAUCUUUGCAGCAAGUGCAGCCAUUGUCAAAGACAGGCAGCACGUAGUUGAAGCUUGCAGGAGUUUUGCUCUAUCCAAGAUGUCACAAACACAGCCUGAGUUCUUACGGCGCUGGAUGACAGUGACGUUCUGAAGAUGGUUUGCAGAUCGGAUUUAUAGCAAGAAGAUUAUCGGAUGGAUUUGGUGACGAGGGCCUGCGCGAGAUUCCAACUAACCCAGGAUUUUCUCUGUUUUUUUUUUCUUUCGUUUUUGUUUAAUAAUAAUCCGUUUAAUUGAUGUGUUAGUCCUCCCCGCAUACGUCGCACGCGCUGCUGAUUGGAUAAGAGAAUCGAACGAACGUGACAACUGGUUUAGUGGUUUUUUUUUUCUCUGCUUCUUCUCUUCUCUCCGCUCUUCUGCGUCUCUGAGGAUCCGAGGAAGUGGCGGUCGGAGGAGGAGGAGCCAUGGCGAUGCCCUGCCGCCUCCACGGCGACAUCCUGCUGCUCCUGCUCGGCGCCGUCGCCGUCGCGGUGGCUCACCCGGCGGCGAACGAGUUCUGCGCGGCCGUCGGUGGAGGAAGCGGUGGCUGCGGCGUCGGCGGCGGCGGCGGAGGGGACGGGAGGAGGAUCCUGAUCAGGGGCGGGACGGUGGUGAACGCGCACCGGGUGGAGGAGGCCGACGUGUACGUGGAGGACGGCGUGAUCGUCGCCGUGCGGCCCAACAUCCCGGUUGGUGAUGAUCAUGUAAAAGUGAUUGAUGCAACUGGAAAAUAUGUCAUGCCAGGUGGAAUUGACCCUCACACUCACCUGGAGAUGGAAUUCAUGGGAACUGUAACCAUUGAUGAUUUCUUUAGUGGUCAUGCUGCAGCAUUGGCUGGUGGGACAACAAUGCACAUUGACUUCGUCAUUCCAGUGAAUGGCAAUUUAACUGCAGGUUUGGAAUCCUACAAACAGAAGGCAGAAAAAUCUGCCAUGGAUUAUGGAUUUCAUAUGGCCAUUACAAAGUGGAAUGAUGAUGUUUCGAGGGAAAUGGAAACGAUGGUUAAGGAACAUGGGAUCAAUUCUUUCAAGUUCUUCAUGGCGUAUAAAGGUUCAUUGAUGGUCACGGAUGACCUACUCCUGCAAGGCUUACAGAAAUGCAAAUCUCUUGGUGCCUUGGCUAUGGUUCAUGCAGAGAAUGGGGAUGCUGUUGCUGAGGGACAGCAACGAAUGAUCGAUCUUGGGAUAACUGGCCCAGAAGGACAUGCUCUCUCAAGACCUCCAGUUUUGGAAGGGGAAGCAACUGCUCGGGCAAUUCGAUUAGCCAAGUUUGUCAAUACACCAUUGUAUGUUGUUCAUGUGAUGAGCAUUGAUGCAAUGGAUGAGAUUGCCAAGGCUAAAAGAGAAGGGCAGAGAGUCAUUGGUGAACCUGUGGUUUCUGGGCUAGUACUUGAUGAUUCUUGGCUUUGGGAUCCGGACUUCAUGAUAGCUUCAAAGUAUGUAAUGAGUCCUCCUAUCCGAGAAGCAGGACAUAAUAAAGCACUUCAAGUUGCUCUUUCAUCAGGAAUUUUACAGCUUGUAGGAACUGAUCAUUGCACCUUCAACUCCACACAGAAAGCUUUCGGCUCUGAUGAUUUCAGAAAGAUUCCUAAUGGUGUUAAUGGUAUCGAGGAAAGGAUGCAUAUUAUUUGGGACAGUAUGGUGGAGACUGGCCGAAUUUCUGUCAGUGAUUAUGUGAGAGUGACAAGCACAGAAUGUGCCAAGAUUUUCAACAUAUACCCUCGGAAAGGAGCAAUUCUGGAAGGAUCUGAUGCAGAUAUUAUCAUCCUGAAUCCCGAGAGGAGCUUUGUCAUGGGUGCCCACACACACCAUUCAAGGUCCAACACAAAUGUGUACGAGGGCAGGAAAGGAAAGGGAAUGGUAGAAGUCACGAUCUCAAGAGGGCGAGUUGUGUGGGAGGAUGGCAUUCUGAACGUUGUUCCCGGUUCAGGAAGAUACGUCAGAACACCGCCUUACAGCUACCUGUUUGAUGGCAUUGAAAAGUCAGACGCUGCCUACAGAGCCUCCCUUCGUGCCCCUGUGAAACGUGGCAAGGCUGCUGCUUAACGAUGCCCGCUGCUGAUGAACUACAGAACUAGUUUCUCCAAGGUGAACGACGUCUGCUCCAUGCGUAACUUCCUUGUGUUUGUGUAUACAGAUCUCAUUAUUCAUAUCAUUUUCUGAUAGGUAAGAAUGUAAAAUUACCUGAUA